AUGGUGCAUGCGCAUGCGCACCGUGACCGUGUGCCCCAUUUGAAGGGCCGAAGCCCGGAUAAUGAUGCGGUGACAGUGGUCUAUGUGACUAUGAGUGCAGAUUUUGAUGGACCUGUUGGAGGCUAUGUCACGGGAAGCAAGACUUCCUCAGAAAGCAGCAAGAACACAGCUGUUGGUAUCGGCGCUCCUGUUAAAGCAUCGAAAUCGUCCUCGACCGCAAAAGGGACCGAGACGGCCGAGACGACUGAGGCAGCAGCAACACAGACAAAGGCUGAGACUCAUGCUACCGCCACGAAGACUGCUGAGACCGCUGAGACCGGAAUCACAACGGCACCCCAGCCAACAACCACCGAGGCGACCAAAGAGACGCAAAGCACGAGCCAAGAUGAGACUACAUCGGCAAAUAGGACUACCUUUCAGACCAGUACUUCGUCUGCUACGUCUUCGGACUCAUCUUCCGUAUCCUCCCAAGGCAAGGCGGGACUGGAAAGUUCCGAUGUCACUGGGUCCUCUGCGUCAGCAUCCGCAACUGCAAUUUCGGGAUCAGGAGGGCUCUCUGGAGGUGCGAAAGCCGGCAUUGCUAUCGGUGUGAUAUUGGCGGUUGGCGUGGUUGCAGGUCUCGUCCUUCUCUGGGUCCGAAAGAAGAAACAGGAACAGAAAAUCCAAAAGGAAGUAGCCGAAGAUGAGAAGUUCUGGGGUUCAGAUCCUGUCGCGCCACCACCACCUCCUCCGAAGCCCGAGCCGAAGAGUUCCCUGGAUCCACCUCAACUCCAAGUCCGUCCAGUCACACAGUUUGCGCCAUUCGCAUCAGAAUUCAGUGCUGGUGCUGGCUCUGCGGGCCCCUCUACGGUUGCUGCCGACGCUGCCGUCGCCUCCGGAGCAGUCGUUGCUUCAGGUGCAGCUGGCACACGCAACCUGACUGGAAAUACCUCGCCGGUUCACACACCACAAUCAAGUACCGCCAGUGCAAACCCCUUCAAUGAUCCAAUCAAUCCAUUCAGUCACCCUUCCGAGGUCUCUCCACCUUCUACGUCCCACGGCUCCGUUACACAGCUUGGCUCCGUCCCAGAAGAAUCUGCGGCUGCUGAUCCCGCUGCAGAAGCAGCCACGGCAACCGGAAUCGCUGUGACUGGUGUUGUAGCUGGUGCUGCUGUGGCCGCGGUUGCAGCCUCCAGCGCGUCAGAUAAGGAGUUGCCCAUUCGUCCUGAAAGUUCUAUAUCCAGCGUCUCAUCUGAAUCCAAUUCCACCAAUACUGGCCCAGAUGGUCCUUCUAAUGCCAAUGCGGCCCCGGCUUCAGCUGCUCCUGCGGUCUCUCCUGUUCAUUUAUCUGAAGCGGCUGGACCAGUUCCAGUUCCAGUUCCAGUUCCAGUUCCCGCUCCCGCUCCUGCUCCUGCUCCUGCCCCAUCCAAUGUGCAUCGCGUGCACUUGGAUUUCGCCCCUUCAAUGGCCGAUGAACUGGAGCUACAUGCUGGGGAUCUCGUCAGACUCCUGCACGAGUACGACGAUGGAUGGGCUCUUUGUAUUCGUAUGGACCGCUCUCAACAAGGUGUUGUCCCUCGCUCAUGUCUUUCCUCGCGUCCUUUGAUGCCCCGGAUGGGCCCGCCCCCGGGUGCUGCCCCUGGACCCCGAGGCCCUAAUAGCCCCACGCCGGCUGGAAACAUGAUGCCGAUGCCACGCUUUUAUCCUCAAGAAGGUCGUCCAAUGUCACCGGCUCGCCCAAUGUCACCGGCCCGCCCCAUGUCACCGGCUCGUCCAAUGUCGCCGGCCCGCCCAAUGCCUCCCGCUCACCCUGGUUACGCCGGUCCUCCGCAGCCGCAGCCGUAUACUCAGCGUCCUAUGUCUCCGGCGCAGUUCCCACAACCUCCAAGAUCUUUCUCUCCCGGUCCCGGUCCGAUGGUUCCUAGGUCUCUGAGCCCUGGGCCCUACGGACCCCCGGGAAUGCAAGGUCCCCGGAUGCCAGUCAACCAACGGAUGCGUAGCAACAGCACAGGAGAUGUGGCUGGACCGAACGCUCGAAUGACAGGACUAUCCGGACCGAGUCCUCUCGGAACUCCGCUCGGUCCAACUUCCAUGCAUCUAGCAUCCCUGCAUCCAUCAGUCAACGCUGCACCAGCUUCGGCCACCAUUGAGACAGUCGCCCCUGAACAUAACCAUGAGUGA